CAAGUUUAUUUUGAUGGUUACUAGCUGUCUACGAUGGAUCAUGCAGCCGCGGCAUCUGUAUCUCCCAACAGUUCUGACUUGGGUGACACCGUCGUCGUAGAAUCAAUCGAAUUAAGCGAUACAGUUUCCGCCGACCACGACAGAACAGAAAUAUUCUCGGCAUCUCGAACGGCAAGCAAUGGGUUCAAUUUGUGGUCUCUUUAUCAACAGUGGGUCAACGAUCCUCUUAAGCGAGUUGCACUAGAACUGGCAGACGAUGUUGUGAGUCGACUGUUGUGGUGGUUUCCGCACCGAAAUGCUGAUAGCGUUGGCGACACUGAAUCGUCGUCGUUUCCGUCUCGCUGGCGAGAAGUGGUGUGGGGAUUGCUCGAACUUCAAAGGCUUGCCGUGGACGUGGCUAUGUAUAGCUCGACGAAGGAAAUCGACAACGGGACCAACGAUAUCUACAGCUACGGAGCGACAGUUGCAAUACGAGGAUCAUACACAGAGCAACUUUGGAAUCGGAGAAUUCGUGUGGCGCUGAGUGCACUUCAAUGCAUAAGUCCGAUCGCUCAGGAGCUUGUUCGAUCGAGUGAUCGGAACGCCACUUCUCAUCGACAAGUCAGAGUCCGGCUCGUGGUAGAGCAAAGUCGCUGCGUGCUCCGUUUGAUUUUACUGUAUCGAUAUUGGCGGAAAAUGAAGGCUGAUGGUGCACAUUUGCUGCCUGGGCUAAUACAAAAGGGAGGUAUGUUCCAUACACCGCCGGUUCCGACGAUUCAGGAAGAAUGUUCGCGACUUCAGCGUCUCCAUUACGUCGGAACUAGAACAGGUCGCCGGGUGAUUUCAAAGUCGGAGGCCAUUGCAAACCCUGGUGUACAUCAUAAAAUUGGUCACAGCAGCCAACGAGAUAAGAGCAAGGCUUUGAUCGGGGAACUUCUCUAUAUUUUUCGCCCUCUGUUUUGGGCUCAAGCCGAAUCAAACAAUGUCGACAGAGUGGGUUCUCUGUGGAAUGCGUGGCUACUCUCCUUAGGCGCUGAUAUCUUAUCGCUUGUAGCGCUCUACAACUGUUACGAUUCUGGCAACAAAGCUACCCACGAGGAACGAGAGCGACGACGCUUGCGGCUUUUCCUGUAUGUCUUGCGUUCUCCCAUUUGGGAACGUGGAACUACAAUAGGUGUGACUCGAGUCAACAAGGUUGUCGAAUGUGUCCCGCUGCUAGGGAAAGUCGUCUCAGCGUACCUCCAGGAUUGGAUAUCCUAUUGGAAAUUGUAUCGAGCAGAAGAGGGCUGA